AUGCCCCAUCGAUGCGGUAACAGGAUUAGCCUCACCCCAGGUGACAUGACAAUGACAAUGGAAACCUCUUGGCGUGAUUCCACCAGUAAGACCUACGAAUGCGCAUGGAAUAAUUGGAAUAAACCCCGAGGUCUUAACCCCUUACAUCCUACUGGAGAAGUUUUAGCUCGAUUUCUGGCAGAUCCACAUGUUGUGGAAGAUGAGGCUAAUGUUUUUCAAUCGUGCAGACAUACAGCUCUAUUACUAAUUCUCUACUCUGGCAGAAGGAUUCAUGAUUUGACUCUUUUGGCAGCUGAUUCAAAACGUAUGCACCAAGAUCCAGUCUUCUGGGUAGGUCAUUGUACCACGUUAUUAAGGAAGAAACGAGAAGAAAGAAACUUAAUAAACUUAUUUUUAAACAUAAGGAGAAAGCCAAAAGCUGCUUCCCGUACAUUUAUCGCGGGCUGGAUAAAGACCCUACUUGUUGAUGCAGGAAUAAAGGCUUCACCGGGCAGCCUACGUUCUGCAGUGGCGUCUAAAAGUUCGUCUAAAAACUGUCCUCUGGAUGAAAUUCUGUCUAAAGAGAAUUGGAGAUCUCUGAACACAUUUGCUCGUUUUUAUUGCAAAGAAGUGGUGCCACUAGAUAAAAAUCUCACAAUAUUCAAAGUAUGUUUACUCCGAUUGGAUAAAUAG